AUGAGUGAUCUCGUGGAAGAAAACGGCAAGAAAAGCUAUUCUUCCCAGGAAACAUCUGCAAAAAAAAAUGUGUCUCCUGCUGAGGACUGCUCAAUAAGACACAAAAAUGUGCAAAAACUCGAGAAACAAUUAAAAUGCUUAGCCUUUCAAAAUCCAGGACCUCAGGUAGCUGACUUCAAUCCUGAAACUAGACAGCAGAAAAAGAAAGCAUGCAUGUCACAGAUGAAACAAAAUUUUUUUUAUGAGUCCAAAUUUACAAGGAAGUAUGACAAACACGGCAGGCUGCUUUGUAAUGACAUAGAUUUAUGUGACUGCCUGGAAAUGGACUGCCUGGGUUGCUUCUAUCCUUGCCCCAAAUGCAACUCGAACAAAUGUGGGCCAGAAUGUCGCUGCAAUAGGAAAUGGGUUUAUGAUACGAUUGAGACUGAAGCUGGGGAUGUGAUUAGUGAGCUACCAUUUUUUGUCCCUGACUGA